AAUUAAUAUUUUAUAAUGCAAUGAUUGAUGAUGGUUGCUGAUAUUUGGAUAAUGCCCCAAGAGGGAUUAAUAAAGUUGUUUGAAUUGAAUUGAAUGCGUGCACUGGCGCAGAAAAUGGAAGUAACAUAACAAUAAGAACAAUUUCUUAUUUUUGCAAAUCUGCCAAGCAGACACGUUUGUGAUUAAGAUGUCAUCUGAAUUAGAUUUAAUUCAUUUUCGGCCUAAAUGUGCAGAUUUGGGUCGACAUAGAGAUAAAAACAAUACUGUAUACAUGCAACUCAUGCAUACAUAUUUAGAACUAAAAAUAUGGACCUACUAACCUCAUGUUGAUCAAUUUCUGAAAGUGUAGACGGUCAUUGUGGUAAGAUCGCAAUAAAAUGAUGGUGGGCUGUGGGAGGCGUGAAUUAUUUCGCUGUUUUCAAAUGCCGAGGCGUUAUUCAAUGUUUUUUCAAUAGAGACAUUAUGCGAUAUUUAAAUAAAUCAUGCAGAAACAUUAAAUGUAUUUUAUGUGUUUAAAAAUAUACAUGACAAGAGGCACACACAGACAUGCGAAAAAAAUAUGUGCCUUAUUAUUGUGCAGCAUUCACACUAUUGAUAUUGAAAUCUUUAUUAUUAUUAUAUUAUUAUUAUUAUUAUUAUUAUUCCACUUCCCUAAGUUUUUUACUUCUACUACUACAGUUGAUCAGUGUGCAGGAGCAGAGAAACAGUUGAGGAUGCAAUGAACUUCAAGUGGUUCACCUUUUCUAAACCCCCAACACAAGGAGUUAACCAUUUGACCAGUUAACCCAGUCCAAGAGAUGCCUCGCUCCUUCAUGGUGAAGAGUAAGAAGGCGCACAGCUACCACCAGCCCAGGAGCUUAGAGGAUGACUACAACAGACUGGACUCGAUACUGGCGCACAUAUGCUCAGAGGUGGAUAAACUCCCGGAUGACGCCGACAUGUCGGUGGACAGGUACGGCCUCUCUCCAGACUCCCACCUGGCCGACGCUGCUGAUUUCUCCCCGAAGUCUCCGCUCAGCUGCGCGGACAGUCUGUGUGGUCCCUCCUCGGACUAUGAGGACUUCUGGAGGCCUCCUUCCCCCUCAGCAUCACCGGUCGAUUCGGAGAAGUCCCUCUCUCCUCUGGUGGAUGAGUCUCAGCCCUUCACUGUUCCUUUCCGGCCGUACGCCUGGAGCAGCUACCCGGGACCCGGUCUCAGGCCCUUGUUGCAGCAGAGCCUCCACCCCGGCCUGGAGGUGGACAGGGGCCCCGGGUCCAUGGCCUUUUACGCAGACAGGAGCACACACCCAGCCCUGGAUUCAUACCAGAGUCUGGGUGAGGAGGCUUAUGGAGACUACAGGAGGCACGCUGCUGCUGCCGCCGCUGCUGCUCUGCUAUUUCCCGAUGGAGGCCUGCAGAGGAAAGCCCACAGUGUGAAGGCCCCAUCCGACCUGCUGUGCUCCAGUCUCAUCCUCAACGGGGCUUAUAAGUGUAUCAAGUGUAGCAAGGUGUUUUCUACUCCGCACGGUUUGGAAGUCCACGUCCGCAGAUCUCACAGCGGCACGCGGCCGUUUGCAUGUGAAAUGUGCGGCAAAACCUUCGGACACGCGGUCAGUUUGGAGCAACAUAAAGCGGUGCACACACAGGAAAGAAGCUUCGACUGCAAAAUCUGCGGUAAAAGUUUCAAGAGGUCGUCAACACUGUCGACUCAUCUGCUCAUCCACUCCGACACUCGGCCGUACCCGUGCCAGUACUGCGGGAAGAGGUUCCACCAGAAGUCAGACAUGAAGAAACACACUUUCAUCCACACAGGUGAGAAGCCGCACAAAUGUCAGGUGUGCGGGAAAGCGUUCAGCCAGAGCUCCAACCUCAUCACGCACAGCAGGAAACACACCGGAUACAAACCUUUCGGCUGCGACCUCUGCGGGAAAGGCUUCCAGAGGAAAGUGGACCUGAGGAGGCACAAAGAGACACAGCAUGGACUGAAAUGAAGCGAGAAGAAACCCUCCUGUCAUAAAGUGAUCUUUAAAGUAUUAUUACGGAAACGAGUUGGGACCCCGGAUGAAGACAGAGGACAUGUUGCAAAUGUGCCAGCUCGUGGACGUUUCCUUGGAUCAAGAAUCACGGUGAUUCCCACUGUACAGACCAAGUGUUGAAGUGCAUUUCAGAUAAAAAAUAUAGCUACAACUAUUUAUUUAUUUUGAUACGGUAAACAUGUACGUUUAGGGCCUCGAAAACACUAAUUAUUUUCAAAUAUGUUCCAGAGAUCCAUAAAACCAGAAAUAAGCUGUGAAUGAGACAGAAUAUGAAAGCACAUGAUCAAAUAAAUUCGCCAUGCCAGAGGAAUCCGCACCAGUGGGUUGAAAACCCUCAAAAUAUUAUCACUCUCACUUUCAUAACCCUGAUCGACCACGAAGCCAACUGAGGUGCAAAUCUGCGCCUGUCCACAGACCAGAGGCUCCUUUGUUUUCAGUCUGAAGACAUGAUGCUGGCAAAACAGCCUCCUCACACUGUGUGAUUUAAUAAACAGGAGGCCUUAGUCACAAAGAUGGUAUCUUCCACUUUUACAUUUUGCACUUUUGACUGUCGUAAAUUAACUGUUUAAUAUAUAAUAUAUUCUCUCAAGUGUAUUUUAUUUUCUGGUUGGUUUUAUUAAAAUUCAUAAAAUUCAAUAAAAUCAAAAAGUGAAAUGAAGUUGACUUGUUUUCUAACUCAAAGGAAACUGCAGAUUCAAUGAAAUCAAUUCAGAAUUGUUUUACAGACCAUUGAACUUCAUUUUCACACGGACAUUUAAGCUAAAUUGAUUUUUUUGAUAGAUUAAAGGGUUUGUAGUCUCGAGGCCAAGUUUCAUCUAUUAUUCUCUCCCUUUAAAACAUUUAUUCUACUACACUAUAAACCAUCAACCAAGCAACAACAGAAGCUUUCCAGACCUUUACUCACCAAAGUGUUUAUGCAAAUUAAAGCAACAGACACAAACAAAGACGCAGGACAUCUCAGCAUCUUGCUGCUGUGAUUGUGAACGCCCAGAGGCGACUGCAGCUCCUGUUUGUUUUGACCACUGCAGCCGAGUGUUUUAACCUUAAACAGUCUGAGCAGAUUGAACCGUUAACCAAGUGUUUUUUUACCCUCAUGGCUGUUAUUUAAAAACAAACAAAAACAAAGCCAGUUUUGGCAGGAAGCUGGCACACAUGCAGCAGCUGUGAUCCUCAGAGGGAUUGGUUUGGAGUUUCACACAUUGUUGACAGUGAGGAGUCAAAACUGGGGCCUCAGGAAUCAAGAUUUACAGUUUGAAAGCAGGCAGCAAAGAAUCCUGACAGAGCUCAUGUGUUGAUAAAAACAACAGACAGGACAGUUAUUCUUAUUCAGUCAUCAGAAAGUGUAAACUGAAUAAACAGACUGAUCAGAAAAACAAUUCCCCUCCAUUAAACAAUCUGUUAGUGGAGGUUAUACAUCACAUUGUCAACAUGGACAGCUUUCUCAUCAUCAUCAUCAUCAUCAUCAUCAUCAUCAUUUCAACUCGUUCUCAGUCCAACAAGGACAAAAGAAAAGAAGAAAAACAGGAACAAUCAGUUAGUCGUCUUCCCUCAACAUUGAUUGAAAUCACUGACUCACAAGGAUUUCUAUGCCUCACUUCCCUCAAAAUCGUACAACAUCCAGGCCUGCUAAAACACUGAAUAUUUUAAAGCCCCAGAUGAACAGACUGAGGGAGAACACAGGAAAAGGCGAGCUCAUUUUAAAGCAGAACUUAAUGGAGCUGUGCACCUUGGUGCAAGGUUGCA